UAUUCGACUUUUACGCGUUCAGUGUCAGGUGCUUGAUAGGGAUGCGGGGCAAAACAACAAUAACAGAACAAAGUUAAGGGGGGUGUGGUGUUUGAAGCCGUAAUCGGAAAACUUGUAUAUGGUUUAGCAGCAGAGGUCUGAAUUUAACUAAAGCCAUAGAAUAAUCAUCCUACAGAAUGCACGGCCGUGUCAAGACGCGAACAACUGCAGAACAGCAAGAAAUAAAGCGGAAGGAACGAGAAAAAAAAGUUAAACUGUACCGUGCUGGAAUGGAGAAAGUUUUCAGGAAGCGCAAGAAUGAUGAAUUGGAUGAGGAGCUUCUUGAAGCAAUCGGACAGCUUCUAACAGCUAACCCAGAUAUAUAUACACUAUGGAAUAUAAGGAGAGAGACACUACUACAUUUCCAGGAAUUCAGGUCCAAAGACCAAAUGCAACAACUCAUGGAAGCAGAAUUGCAGUUGACAGAACGUACAUUGCAUGUUAAUCCAAAAUCAUAUGGAGCAUGGCAUCACCGUGCUUGGGUUCUUGAUAAUAUGCCUGAAUCUAAUUGGUCAAGAGAAUUGGCACUGUGCAAUAAGUAUCUGGAUAUGGAUGAAAGAAAUUUCCACACUUGGCAUUACCGGCAGUUUGUUGUUUCGAGAGCAAACGUUUCUCCAACCAAGGAAUUUGAAUUCACGUCUGCAAAAAUUACCACAAACUUUUCAAAUUAUUCAUCGUGGCAUUAUCGAAGUCGUUUGCUACCAUUGCUUUAUCCAGACCCUACUGGUAGGCGUCCUAUUCAAGAGAACAAGCACAAGGAAGAACUAGAACUGGUACAGAAUGCAGCCUUCACUGACCCAAAUGAUCAGAGUGCUUGGUUCUAUCAGCGCUGGCUGUUGGGUCGUGGAAAACAACCAUUUAUUGUGCAGAAUGCUUAUGUUUCACGUGACAUCAUAUUUAUUACAAUGAGUCACGAAGUGAGUUUAGCAGAUGUUGAAUUGAAGCUCAUUAUAAAUGGCACUACAGCACAAGGUGCAUGGCACAGCAGCGACGGAAAUAUUUACUCACAUUUAUGGAUAUUUUCACCAUCUUCAGAGAUGUAUCAUGGUGACAUCAUUUUAUCCGAAGUUGCUGUACAAGUGAUGGAAAAAAAUACAACACAUUCUAUACACGUUCCCCUUGUUAUUGAUGGGGAUUUAGCUUGGACAAGCACAGAAAGUCAGUUUGGACUUCAGUUUAGUGAAGGGUUGACAUCAGUUUUGGAAGAAGAACUAGAUUCUUGUGCCCAGCUGUUAGAGCUGGAGCCAGACAGUAAAUGGACACUGUUGACAUCAAUAUUGUUGAUGCAGGCCAUUGACCGACAUAAAUACAGAGAGGCUACAAUGGAAAAGUUACAGCUGCUGACCAGAGUUGACCCAUUACGUAGCGGAUAUUAUAAUGAUCUAAGAAGCAGAUACCUGAUGGAGUACGCAGUUGAUGCUAACCAGACUGCAGUAAAAUCUGCACUGCCAAAAGAAAUUAAUUUGUCAAACAGCUCUCUUACUGCUCUUUACCAUGAACAUCAUUUAAGCUUAUUCAGAAAUGUGGAUUUAAGUUGCAAUAUGCUUAAGUUAUCUUUGGCUAAGCUGCAUUUACUGCAAAACUGCCAGGUACUUAAACUUGACAACAAUUGUAUUAAUACAUUAGCUGCCUUUCCUGAGCUACGGCAGCUGAAGGAACUCUCUCUGCAAAACAAUGAAAUAACUGGUUCAGAGGAAUUAAAAUAUCUUAAGAAGUGCAGGAAGCUUAAUAGUGUUGAUUUAUCAGGAAAUCCUAUAAUGGAAAAUGGUGAUAACAAUUUGCCAAAAAUAGCAAAAGAAGCAGUGCCAUCACUGCAGAAAUUAAAUGGCUAUCUUAUAUGAUUUGAUAAUUUACUAUAAAAAACCAAACUUAUUUUUUUAUUAUUUACAUUGUCAUUAUAAAAAGUAUAUAAAAAUAAAUAAAGUUGUUAUGUACAGUCAG